UGUUCCUUAGUGCACGUGACGGUCAGCUGACUCCAGCCGGAAGCUUGGAGGAAGUAGACAACCAAAACAACAUAUCUUAAUAUACAAAACUCGAGUUUUGCGGUUAUUUAGGGUUAGUAAAAAUGGAGUCGACCCUUGAACAGCAUCUCGACGAUACCAUGAAGAAUCCAGCAGUUGUCGGUGUGCUCUGCACGGACCAGCAAGGACACAACCUCGGCUGCCGCGGCUCCCUGUCUGAUGAACAUGGCGGUGUUGUGUCAGUUCUGUCCAAACAAGCUGCAGCUCUCACCAAAGACCCAACAGACAGCCCGACUGUGUGCCUGGAGUCUGAGUCAGGAAACAUUCUGGUGAGGAGUCACGGGACCAUCACAGUAGCCGUUCACAAGAUCGCAUCAUGAAGACGACACGGAGGAGUUUUACUGUAAAGAAAUGUACAUGUAACCAGACACAGAGUGUAAUCACACACUGUAAAUGAACUUUGAGAAACAUCUUCAGUUUGCGAGAGCAAUCUGGAGUUUGUGUGUUUGCUGUAUGAAUCAAUUAUUUAAACCAGAGCCGGCUUUCUCAUUUUCUAAAACCUGGGGUGAGAUUGUUUUCUUUUAAAUAGACAUAAAUAUACACCAAUCUGUCAGGAAUGCUAUUUUAUUGAUGUCAUGGACGAAUUAGGCACUGUAUCAUGUUAGUGUCAAUCAUGUCAAAGCUUUGUGUGUCUUUUUGUUAACACUCUUUAAUCCAAGGCAGUCAUGCACAGAAAAACAACCCUUAAUAAACUUUAACUUGACUUUG